AUGAAACAAGUUAAACUAAGUUGUUUUUUUUCCAAAAGACAAAGACCUAAUCCUAAUGAAAGUGGUGAAGAAUGUUCCCAAAUACCAAUCACCAAUCAAUCAAUCCCUUCCGUUUCUAAUCCUAAUGCAACUCCACAAACACCAAUCACCAAUCAAUCAAUCAAUUCGGUUUCUAAUGCAACUCCACAAACACCAUGCUCUAACCAACCUAAUGAUAAUGUUGACUUGAAAGAUCUUCCAAAGGACCCGACGGAUAGGCCAUUGAUUACAAGUUGCAAACCAAUUAUAAGAGAUGAUGUAAGAAGAGCAUAUUUGCUUCAAGGACCGGACCUCAUAGGACAAAAAGGAGGGAGAGAUGCAUUUGUUUCCCAAGGUUUUGAUACUUGGAAUAAAAAAGAUGCAUUUCGGACUCAUGUGGGUGGUGUUGAUAGUUUUCACAACAAAGCAAAAGAAAAGUAUAUUUUCAACAAUACUUUAGAAAAUGCUGCUAAAAACAAUCAACUAAUUUCCCCUAAAAUUCAAAAAGAACUUGUGCAAUGUUUUGCACAAGAAGUACUUUUGAGUAUUCGUGAAGAGAUUGGUCAAGAUGUUUUUGCUUUACUAGUUGAUGAAUCUAGUGAUGUUUCAAAAAAGGAACAAAUGGCUAUUGUUUUGCGUUAUGUCGAUAGUCUUGGCUUUGUGAAAGAAAUAUUCAUAGGAUUAGUGCACGUUAAGGAUACAUCUUCUUUGACACACAAAAACGCCAUAAAUGAAGUCCUUACAAGUAAUAAGUUGAGUUUUAGUAAGCAAAUUUCAUUGGUUGUUAAUGUUGUUUGUGCUUCGUGUAAAAGAAAAGACUUACUACGAGAGCAAGCAAGGGAAAGGGUGCAAAAAGGCUUGUGUAGUGGUGAACUUGAAACAGGAAGAUGGUUAAAUCAAGAGACUACACUUGUUCGAGCGGGAGAAACAAGAUGGGGUUCACAUUUCAACACACUCACAAGUUUGAUGAAGUUGUUUGCGGAUGUUGUUGUAGUUUUAGAUUUUGUGAAAGAGGAGGGAGGGUCAUUGGCAAACCAUCAACAAGCAUCUGGAAUCUUAGCAUAUUUUAAAUCAUAUGAGUUCGUGUUUUACUUACAUAUGAUGUAUGACAUUUUACACCUCACGGGUACAUUGUCAAAGCAACUUCAAAGAAAAGAUCUAGACAUUUUAGAAGCGGCUUCGAUGUUGUAUAUUGGUGCGAGAAACCGUAGGACUACAAAGACAAAUAGGUUUUAUUUUGAGGUUGAAAUCUUCAACACGGCGGUAGAUAUGCAACUUACAGAAUAUCGAGAUCAAUUUAGUGAAACAAGCACCCAAUUACUAGAAUACAUGGGUGCUUUGAGCCCUUGUGAUUCAUUUGCACAAUUUGACAAAUCAAAGUUAUUGAAGUUGGGUAAGUUAUACAAAUAUGACUUUGAUGAUUCAGAUAUGAUAGAUCUUGAAGGACAGUUUGAGAUAUUUUAUCACUCUUGCAUCAAAGAUGAGCGUUUCACUAGCUUGAAAGGAAUUUCUGACCUUUCUUGUUUGAUGACCGACUUGCGUAACAAAAUUGGCGAUGAAUUUUUGAACGACGCAUUGUUUUGUAAUGUCGAGACCAAAGCACUUGCAAAAGUUGAGAAUGAAAAAGCAAUAGAGCGGUUUUAA